GGACUAUCUUGUUUCAAUAUGACUGCCGUAAUGGACCCACCAGUUAUUAGAGAGCUUGCCGCAAUACUGAAAGGCAUCGACUAUCCUCUAAACUUUAAUGACCCUAAUUUCAGAAUAUGUCGGGCAUUAACGAAAGAUAAAGACCGGUGCAAAAACCGCAUAGCUCAAAAGAAGAAUGAAGUUAAUGAAGUUAAUGACCUCUUGUCUCAGUUCCGAGCUAUGACAAAAUGUGUCGACACCAAUGACUUCUAUGAUGACAUGCAGAGAUUUAUCUCUCUUACACACUGCGCAAAUUAUCAUCGCGAAGAAGCACUUGCAGCGCUUAACAGAUGGAAAGUACAGCGGAAAGCAGCCAUCUCCAGCUCUCGGCCAGUAACUCCACCGAGGAGCGCGACAUCAUACAAUGAUUCUUUCGAAUCUGUCUAUAACUCCAGCAGCAUGGGGCCCCCUAUCUCACCUCCCUCUGUUAAAAGCGCGAGGCCGAGGAUAUUGAUCAGCGAAAGCCCUGAUAUAAUAGCUUCUCAGCUGCAUAGCCUGUUGGGAGAACCACCAUUGGGGGGACUUGGUGGCAAGGGAGACGGGACUUUUAUUGAGACCACCCAAGAAAUAUACAGAAGUGAAUCGAGAGAGGUAACACCUGAAGGCGAUUACAAAGUCUUCGUGGAGAUCAAGAAAAUACGCACGAAAUUAUCCCAAACGAAUAUUAAAGAGGACAGUAAAGUUGAUGAACAAACGAAUAUUAAAGAGGACAGCCAAGUUGAUGAACAAACGAAUAUUAAAGAGGACAGUAAAGCUGAUGAACAAACGAAUAUUAAAGAGGACAGUAAAGCUGAUGAAUGUUCUGGACCUACCGUCUCGGAUGUCAAAGGCAAGGAACAAAGGAACAGGAAGUAUUGGAUCUCAAAGGCAAAGAACAAACUGGGAUUUAAGUCUCCACGCCCGGAGAGUCUGGAAACCUUAUACUAAAAUAUUGCGACUAAAAGAGAGAAAAAAUUAGUC